CAGGCCAGGAUGCCGUUGGCCUUCUUGGCCACCUGGGCACACUGCUGGCUCAUGUUCAGCCAGCUGUCAACCAACACCCCCAGAUCCUUUUCCUGCUGCAUAGUUUUCCAACCAUUCUUCCCCAAGCCCGUAACACUGCGCGGGGUUGUUGUCACCCAAGUGCAGGAUCUGGCACUUCAUCUUGUUGAACCUCUACAAUUGACCUCAGCCCAUCAAGACAACCUGUCCAAAUCCCUCUGUAGAGCCAUACUACCGUUCAGCAGAUCAACACUCCCAUCCAGCUUGGUGUCAUCUGCAAACUGACUGAGGGAGCCCUCAAUAUCCUCAUCCAGGUCAUUGAUAGAUGUUAAACAGGACUGGCCCCAACACUGAGCCCUGGGGAACCCCAGUAGUGACUAGCUGCUAACUGGAUUUAACUCCAUUCCCCAUAACUCUUUGGGCUCAGCCAUCUAGACAGUUUUUUACCCAGCAAAGAGUACAUAUACCCACACCAUGGGCUGCUAGUUUCUCCAGGAGAAUGAUGUGGGAGACAGUGUAAAAGGCUUUGCUAAAGUUUAGGUAGACAACAUACACAGUCUUUCCCUCUUUCACUGAGUGGGUCACCUUAUCAUAGAAGAAAAUCAGGUUGAUUAAGCAGGACCUUCCUUUCCCAAACCCAUGCUGACUGGGCCUGAUCCCCCGGUUGUCCCACACAUGCCACAUGGUGGCACUCAAGGUCACCUGCUCCAUGACCUUCUCUGGCACCAAGGACAGGUUGACAGGCGUGUAGUUCCCCGGAUCCUCAUUCUGACCCUUUUUGUAGAUGUGUGCCACACUGGCUAACUUUCAGUCAUCUGGAACCCUCCUGGUUAGCCAGUACUACUGUUAAAUGAUGGAGAGUGGCUUGAUGAGCUCUUUUGCCAGCUCUCUCAGUACCCUUGGGUGUAUUCCAUCUGGCCACAAGGACUUGUGAGUGUCUAAGUGGCACAGCUGGUCACUAACUACUUCUUCCUGGAUUAUAGGAGGUUUUUUCUGCUCCGUGUCUCUGUCUUCCAGCUCAGGGGGCUGGGUACCCUGAGGACAUCUGGCCAAGAAGGCAUUAAGUAGUUCAGCCUCAUCCUGGUGGCAAUGUUCCCCCUUCUACAUCAAAUAAAGGAUGGAGAUUCUCCUUGACUCUCUUUUUGUUAUUUAUGUAUUUGUAAAAACAUUUUUGUUAUCUCUUAUGACAGUGGCUAGAUUGAGUUCCAGCUGGGCUUUCUCCUUUCUAAUUUUCUCUCUGCAUGGCCAAAUGACAUCCAUGUGCUCUUCCUGAUUACAUCUUGCUGCUGAGUACAAAAGAAAAGGCUUGCCUCUUUGUAAAUAAAAAAAAUAUUAAGUAAUCUAUAGUGUUCUUCUGUCCUUUGGGAUGGGGAGAAACAAUUAACAGCUUUUCUAAAUAGGGAACUGGGUAAAGCUUUGCUCGGACCAAUAUACCUUUAGCUUUCCUUCCUGCUCCCUUCCCUCAGCCACCUAAAACAGAAAGCAGAGUUGGAAGUGAUCCUACUGCAAGCCCCUGAGGACCAUCCUGCUGGCUUUUCUGCCCCCCUUGUGAAAAUGGUGACAGCUUUUGCAGCCAUGCUGGGUGUGAAUGUGUGACACACUGCGGCAGGAAGUGCUCGAUGUCAGAUCUGGCGAUAACCGGACCUUUCUUCCAGGAAGAUGAGAUCAUGUGGUCUCGUAUGUGAGUAACCUAGGUUGUGAAUACCAAAGGCAUAACACUCUCAGUGAUUUGGGGCCCUUUUGCUUCGGGUUCCCCAAGAGCUCUUUGGAAAUGUCACACGGGGAGCUGUCUCGCCUCGAACCAGUACGAACAUGGUGUGUGGUUCACAAAACCACAGAAACGUGCUGCAAUGGUGUCCAUCGGUACCAGAGGCAAACCCAAGCUGAACAACAACACCGUGUGGAAAAUAUCAGUGUGGAAAAUAUUGAGCUAACAGCCACAGACGAGUCCUCUCUUUAUCUUAAGCCCAGAGACAGCAGAGACAGCUGUCACACCUCUCAUAUCCUUCUUUCCAAGGUACUUUGUUCACAAAUAGACAUCACUCUCAGUCUCCUCCCACACCCCUCCCUCUUUUUUACUGUGAAGAAACAGAAAGGGUGCUUGCAGUAAAGGAAUUCCUCUGAAGUCAGAUCUGAUCAAGCUUUUGGGUCCUUGGUUGAUUCAAAAGCCUGUGGUGACAGACGUGGUAUCCUUGCUUAGAUAGAUCAGAUUGAGAUUCUACAUUUUUGGUUCUGAUGAAAACACCAGAGAAGGAAGAUUCUUCUUUCCAGGAAAGUUGAAUGCAAAAAGUAAGGUCUUUGGCACUGGGAAAUACCCUCAGCUGUGUUAUGACCCACUGCCCUCAUAGUGUAAACUAAGCAAAGCUAUAUAUGAAUACAUAUAUGUCUAAUGAGGCAGCUAGUCCCUCAUUAUCUGUGGAAAUUUUGGCUCAGAGUAAGUUUUAAAAGUGAAAUCAGAUCUCAAAUCUCUUAAGCAGUUCUGAAAGCACUCCCAGUCAAACACUACAGCUUUUUAUCCACAUUUAACAUUUAUUUACUAGAAUCCACCAUGAGGCAACUACAGAAAUGGCUUUUGGUCUUCAUGCAGUCCCAGACUAAACAUGAUCUAGUGGCAGAGCUAAAAACAUCUAUCUCUACCCAGUUGCCAAAAUGAGCCAAAAUGAGCCCCGGCCCAGGUCGAUGUCACUGGCUGGAGCUCAGCCCUGUGUCAAGAGUCAGCCAUGUGCCCAUCCCCUCCACUCAUUUAUUGACAAGAUAACUCUAUUUACUCUGCUCUGGCUGCAGCACUGCUGCUUUUUGUGAAAAACGAAGGGGCACAUACAGAGUUGUGGGGCUGUAAGCAGAAAGUAGUACAGGAAAAGUACCUGAGAAGGACCUGGGCUAGAAGAAAAGCAGAUGCUUCAGGGAGGAGUGAGUGGUGGUGCAACUGAGUGCAGGGAGCCCAGUGUCAGGAGACUGGACAGCGAGAAGAGCAAGACAGAGGGAGUCUUGCAGGCUGGGACUGAGAGGCACUGUCCUUUCCUUUCAUCUGCCUGACCACUGUGGUAACCAGACACGCUGUCUACUGCCCUCUUCCCUCCAUCCAGUGAUCUACACCUGCCAGACAGAAUCUACUCCAUCCCUGUGCUGGGGAGCACACCCUAUCGUUUACCUCUCCCUCCAGUGCGACCAAAGAGGGUGGCCAAGGAAUACAGCAUUUGCUCAGCAACUCCCUGUCCCCUGAGGAGGACAACAUAAGCUACCUGUGCCAGCCUCCUGGGUUGUUCUUCUCUGCACAGCUGGAGGUUCUCUUACCCUGACUUUUUCUGGACCCCCCCUGCUCAUCCUGCACAUCUUCUGUCCCUGUGAACCUCCAAACCCUCCAUUUCAGAAAAGAAAAAAGUGGUUGUACGGGGUGCUCUGACCCAUCGUGGGCAGGACGGUGCAGGACAAAGGCCAAGCUGAAGGGACGUGACAACAGGUUAUUGAUCGCUGCGGAGACCUUGAGCUCGGAUGCCCCUGAUGGAGGCCGAGGAACAGGAGGAAGACUCCAGCUCCCUCUCAAAUGACAAAUCGGAGAGCAACUCACAUCACUGCCUCUGCUAUGUGCCCCUUGGGAUUGCCCUUCUUGUGCUGGCUGGAGCUGCUGCAGCAACCUGGUAUUUCCUAGACUACAGACCAUGGCACCUGGAACCAUCCAUCCUGCAGUUUUACUGUGGCAGCCUCCAGGUCCUCAAUCGCUGGUACUCCCCGGACCUUGGGCAGGUGGAGUCCAGAGCCUUCUGGUUGGAGUCAGCUAAGCUCCAGAACAUGGUGAAGGAACUGAUUCGUGCCACAGAGCUGGGUCGAUAUUACAACUCUAGCACAGUGUAUGCCUUUGGGGAGGGGGCUCUGACCUUCUUCUUCUGGUUCACCCUCCAAAUCCCUGAGAGUCAGCAGAAGGAAAUAACUGCUGAGAGGGUAAACACAGUGCUCCACCAAGAGCUCUCCACCAGCUUCAACAGCUCAGGCAGCCUGUCCUACCAGACGGAGUACAGGGUCAACCCAGACUCGCUGGUUCUCCUGGAAUCCAGUGUGAAAGACAUAGCAGUGCUGAAAUCCACUCUGGGUUGCUACAGGUACAGCUAUGUCCAGGAGGAUGACAUCCUAAGGCUGGAGGGCCCUGACUACCUGGCCUCCAGUUGUCUUUGGCACCUUCGUGGCCCCAAGGGCUACAUGAUCAAGCUACACCUGGAGUGGACUCUCCCUGAUUGCAGGGACCGCCUGGCGAUGUACGAUGCAGCUGGGCCCCUGGAGAAACACCUCAUCACCUCGAUCUAUGGCUGCAGCCGGCAGGAGCCCAUUGUGGAAAUCCUUUCGUCUGGCCCUGUCAUGUCCAUUGUGUGGAAAAAAGCCAUGUACAGCUACUUUGACCCCUUCAUCCUCUCAGCGCAGGCGGUGCCCCUCAAAGCUUGUGAAGUGAAUAUAACUCUGCGGGAGGACCUGGAGCUGCAGGGGAAGAUCGGCACCCCACAUUACCCCAGUUACUACUCGCCCAACACGCAGUGCACCUGGCACAUGAUGGUCCCUUCCCUCGACUAUGGAGUCACCCUCUGGUUCGAUGCCUAUGCACUCAGCAGACAGAAGCAUGACCUGCCCUGUACCCAAGGCCAGUGGAUAAUUCAGAACAGAAGGUUGUGUGGGCUGCGGACCCUACAAGCCUACGCUGAGAGGAUCCCAGUCUCAUCUUCUGCUGACAUCACCAUCGUCUUUACCUCGCAGAUCUCCUUAACUGGCCCUGGUGUACAGGCAGCUUACAGCCUGUACAACCAAUCUGACCCCUGUCCUGGGGAGUUCCUGUGUUUGGUGAAUGGCUUGUGCGUCCCAGCCUGUGAUGGGAUCAAAGAUUGCCCCAAUGGGCUGGAUGAGAGAAAUUGUGUGUGUCCUGCAAGGUUCCAGUGCCAUGAAGACAGCACUUGCAUCGAGUUCAGCAGGGUCUGCAACCAGCAGCUGGACUGUGUCAAUGGGAGCGAUGAGGAGCAGUGCAGCGAAGGGGUCCCCUGUGGUCCUUUCACCUAUCGCUGUGAAGACGGGACCUGUCUGAAGAAACCCAACCCCCUGUGUGACACCACUGCAGACUGCAAGGACCUGUCUGAUGAGAAGCGCUGUGACUGUGGGAUGCAAGCCCCUCUCAGCAGGAUUGUGGGCGGUCUGAAUUCUGUGGAAGGGGAAUGGCCAUGGCAGGCCAGCCUACAAGUUCGGGGCCGCCACAUUUGCGGGGGAACACUCAUUGCUGAUCGCUGGGUGGUCUCAGCUGCGCACUGCUUCCAGGAUGAGAGGCUGGCUUCCCCCUCCAUAUGGACCGUUUACUUGGGCAAAUACUUUCAAAAUGCCACCAGCCACACAGAGGUGUCCUUCAAGGUGAUCCGCCUCUUCCUCCACCCUUAUUACGAGGAGGACAGCCAUGAUUACGACGUGGCCCUGCUCCAGCUGGACCAUCCUGUGAUCAUCUCACCUUUAAUCCAGCCUAUCUGCUUGCCUGCUCCUUCUCACUUCUUUGAGCCUGGCCUUCACUGCUGGAUCACUGGCUGGGGGGCCCUCAAGGAAGGCGGGCACAUCAGCAAUAUUCUACAGAAGGUGGACGUGCAGCUCAUCCAGCAGAACAUCUGCAGUGAGGCCUAUCACUACAUGAUUACUCCCAGGAUGUUGUGUGCUGGGUACUACAAGGGCAAGAAAAAUGCCUGCCAGGGUGAUUCUGGAGGUCCGCUGGCCUGCAAAGAACCCAGUGGCAGAUGGUUUCUGGCUGGUUUGGUCAGCUGGGGAAUGGGAUGUGCACAUCCAAAUAACUAUGGAGUAUACACCAGGAUCACUCAAGUGCUGGGCUGGAUAAAGCAAACCAUGAGCUGAGAAAAGUGCAUCUCUAUCUUCUCCCCAUCACACCUACACUCACAUGGCACUCAUUUCUGAUCUUGCUCACUUGCCUCUCAGAGAGUGUGGGAUGUAGUCAGACCCAGGAUGCUUUUCUGAAUAGGGUAAGAGAAGGCUGCCAUAGGGAUUGUAGAUAAAAGCAGGCAGACCCUCUUCCCUAUCAGUGCUUCACAGGGAGCAUCCCAAGGGGUUUUUAGGCUAUCCAUCCAAAAGAGGGGGGAAGGGAAGAGGGGGGAGGAGGAGUUGGGGGCAAUGACAUGACACACAGCAAUAGUCCCAAGUUGAUGGUUUCUGAGAAGAGGAAUAAGAGGGUUCAUGAACUUUCCACAAACCAUGUGAUUCAGCCACAGUCUUAUGCUGGAACAUUUGCUGAAAGAAAAUGUGACUGAUGUAGUUAGAGAUUCCAGUAACUGUGAAAUCAAUCUGCCUCCCUCUUCCUUCCUGCUGCUUAUCCUUCAUCCCCCUUCCCCUCCCAUCACUCCUCCUCUUCCAUCUCCCUAAUUGCUUCUUUUCUUAGCUGGCGUGUGCUGUUCAGUGUGCUGUUCAGCUCAGCCAGGCAACUCUUCACGUCUCACUGACUCCCAGGCACGAGUCCAGCAUUGCACCCCCAAGCACGUGUCCUGCCUUCCUGCUGGAGCAGCACCCAGCCUCCACUGCUGUACUUCCCUCACUAAAAACACUGGAGCAGCCUCCCAUUCCCUUCCCUCAGCCCUUCUAAAUACCUUUAACAUAAGGAUGUCUCAACUGCUUCCAUCUCCUAUCUCAGGUAAUGGAGGAAGUGAAGGAGAAGGCUUCAGGGCACAGUGCUUGAACUGCAACUGCUAUGGGUUCGGGUUUUUUACUAAAGAUACACGUAUGUGUGUGUGUGUAUAUGGAUAUAUAUACAAUGGACUGCUCUCUGGAAUUAGAAAUAAAAUUAAUCCGAGGA